AAUCAUAAAAUGAACUUACUCAAGUCUCAAGGUAGAGGAGAUGUUCACAAGAUUGUCUCCAUCAUGAAGAAUAGCAUCGAAAACAGACAAGGCAAGCAAUGGUCCCUGAAUGAGGACCAAACGCUUUGGCUAAAGAAUCAAAUAGCUAACCAGAUAAGAGCAUCUUUGAAGAGUAAGAACAACAUGACUCCAGGCAAGAUUGUCCUGGGCUGCUCUAUAAAGUUCACCCCGCAACAGCUCGCCUCAAGACAAGUCUUAGCUAAAGAGACAGUGAAACUUGAAGGAAGCAAGAACCAACAGAAAAAUGAUACUAAUUCUAACAGUGAAGAGUCUAAAAGAACUAAGGUGUUGCACAUGAAGUGCAAGAACUUAUCGAUCAAGGACUGUGACACUGAUGAUACUAACAAAGACGAUAUCCCUGACUUGAAAUCAUUAAUCCGAAUUCUAUCUUCUGACAAGAAAGAGAUCAGACCAUCAGAAGGCAAGAACGAAGGUAGGCCUCCCGGACAGAUGAGAAAAAGAGACUUCAAAAGACUCACUAAACAUUUCAUCGAAUGGCCACAGGAGCUGCAAGAUAAUAGAUUUGAAUCUGACAGAGACUCAUUCGAACAAAUGUUUCAAACGGAGGACUAUAAUUCAGUGGUCCUUAAUUGGUUGUGCUCAAAGCCAGUCUAACUUCCAUCUCUUAACCUAACUUCUUACCUACAUUUUCAAAGG